CGCUUCUCUGUUGGUUUCGUUAUAACAGGGCUUCCAGCUUACACACUCCCUUGGUGGUGGUACCGGUUCCGGUAUGGGAACCCUUCUCAUCAGCAAGAUCCGUGAAGAGUACCCAGACCGCAUCAUGAACACAUUCAGCGUUGUGCCAUCACCCAAAGUAUCAGACACUGUUGUUGAGCCUUACAAUGCCACACUCUCAGUCCAUCAGCUGGUUGAGAACACAGACGAGACCUACUGCAUUGACAAUGAAGCCCUCUACGAUAUCUGCUUCCGUACCCUCAAGCUGACCACACCCACCUACGGAGAUCUGAACCAUCUGGUCUCUGCCACCAUGAGUGGUGUCACCACCUGCCUGCGAUUCCCUGGCCAACUCAACGCUGAUCUCCGCAAACUUGCCGUCAACAUGGUUCCCUUUCCACGUCUUCACUUCUUCAUGCCUGGCUUUGCACCUCUGACCAGUCGAGGAAGCAAACAAUAUCUUGCCUUGACCGUUCCAGAGCUCACUCAGCAGAUGUUCGAUGCCAAGAACAUGAUGGCUGCCUGUGAUCCUCGUCAUGGUCGCUACCUCACCGUUGCCGCCAUCUUCCGUGGGCGUAUGUCCAUGAAGGAGGUUGACGAGCAGAUGCUCAACGUACAGAACAAGAACAGCAGCUACUUCGUCGAAUGGAUCCCCAACAACGUCAAGACCGCCGUCUGUGACAUCCCACCACGUGGUCUAAAGAUGUCUUCCACCUUCAUCGGCAACAGCACCGCCAUCCAGGAGCUCUUCAAGCGCAUCUCUGAGCAGUUCACUGCUAUGUUCAGGAGGAAGGCUUUCCUUCAUUGGUACACUGGUGAGGGUAUGGACGAGAUGGAGUUCACAGAGGCUGAAAGCAACAUGAAUGAUUUGGUCUCUGAGUACCAACAGUACCAGGAUGUUUCUGUUGAUGACGACGGCGACUUUGACGAAGAGGAUGAAGAAGAAGACUUGGCAUAGAGCCACCCAUUCAAACCGAUACUUAAAUGUAAUAAUUCUUUGAAGAACAUUCUUGCUGUAUUGGUAAACAAUGGUUGUUUAUCAAUACCGAGCUCAAACAUUUUAUUGUGCAGUAUUGCAAUAUCACCAUUUUUGUUGAUCGAUUUGAAGAUCAAAAGUAAUGUUUACAAGAAAAAAUAUGAAUGCAUGACGUUAACGGGAGCAUCUAGUGUCGAUUUUUUUUUCUAGACAUCUAUAUAGUAAUUAUUAGAUCAGUAUAGUCAUACUCACAUUAAUGCAUGCCCUUCUAUAGCUCAGGCUUAAACCAAUGAAGACUGAGAAUUCGCAUGUAAACAAUUAUCUUGUCUAGAAUUAGUAUUCAUAAAAUGGUAUUAACAUAUCUCUAUGAUAACAACUUUAUUAUAAAUCACAAAAAAUACACUUUAUACACAGUCCAACAAGCAUGAUAACGACUCAGGAACUUACCAAGCACUGUAUGCCAAUUAUGAAGAAGGAAAGAGAUUGACAUGGAUUUGGGAAAGUGGGAGCAGUGGCAUUUUGGUGGGGGCUCUUGACUCUCGUACAUUGAUUGCAAGAGGACUGGUCACGGGUUCGGUCUUGCUCGACGCUUACAUCAUUGGACAAGACAUUAUUUGACCAUGCACGCAUGCACUUUAUUUUGCCCCUCUCUAUAUCGCAGGUGCAAUCAAAAUAAUGGAUAUACCUGCAUACUUGGAUGAUAAUUGCAUGGACCGCAUGAAGGGCCGUAUUGACUGAUGGGGCUACCUCGCUGGGUAAAUAAGACCAAAUUCUCAAUUGUUAAUCAUUGUUCCCUUUUGGGUCUGAAUUACGGAUACCAUUAUAAUGAGCUUUGGCCAACAAAAAAUGGAGAGCGUGUCACAAUCGUUAUUAAAAUCACGUAAUCAUCAUCAAUGAGUAUCUUUAGUCAGCUGAAAAUUAAUCGCCUCAGUUCAAGUCUGAGUGAAUAUCAUUAUCAUCAGUCGAGAAAUAGA